AUGAAAGUAUUCGUAUGUCUUCUGGCGCUGGCCGCCACUCUGGCAACCGCCAAUGCAGGACUUCUGGGGCUCCUGAAGGGAGGCACAGGUGGCUAUGGCGGCGGAUACGGUGGUGGCUAUGGAGGAGGAUACGGCGGUGGUGGCGGCGGUGGAGUCCAGGUCGUCAAAGUGAUCAGCACCUAUGAGGGAGGACACGGAGGUGGUGGAGGCUAUGGUGGUGGCUACGGAGGUGGCUACGGAGGAGGCGGCUGGAGCUCUGGAGGUAGCUCCGGAGGUAGCUCCGGAGGUGGUUACGGAGGUGGCUACGGAGGUGGUUACGGUGGUGGUCAUGGAGGCGCCAGCCACGUGGAUGUCUACAAAGUGAUCACAACCACUCAUGGAGGCAGCUACGGAGGAGGUGGCUGGAGCUCUGGAGGUGGUUACGGAGGUGGCUACGGAGGUAGCUACGGAGGUGGUUACGGUGGUCAAUCCGGCUGGUGGAAAACAAAGUAA